CUGUGUGUGGGCGCGCCAUGGCCAAGCUGGCGAGGCUAUAAAUAUCAUCUGUGUAUCUCUGCACUGUGAUCUAGCUAGCAGCUACCUAGGGCAGCUGCCUGCUGUGCCCUCCUCUAUCUCUCUCGCCUGUGUACUCGCGUCGAACCACAAGAUGCAGAGCUAGCCAUUACUCUCUCUCUCUCAUAUACUAUUCAGAGCAAAGCAAAGAGCGAGACGUCGAGGAGAGAAGAAAUCAAGAAACAAUUAGUUUGUCUUGUCCUAGUAGCUGGCCGGCCUGCACAAGAGGAUCGAUCGGCCGGAUCGGAGCGGAGUGGAUCAGAUCAGGCGAUAGAUCGCUGAUGAAGAGGAUGGUGAUCCUGAGGCGGUGCCACCCGCCGCCUCCUCCGGCGGUGCUCUUCGGCGGGUGCUGCCGCAGCGCAGGCGGCGUGCGCUACGGGGAGUGCCGGCGGAACCACGCGGCGAGCAUGGGCGGCCACGCCGUGGACGGGUGCCGCGAGUUCUUGGCGGAGGGGGAGGAGGGCACCACCGCCGCGCUCCGCUGCGCGGCGUGCGGGUGCCACCGCAGCUUCCACCGCCGCAUGGUGGUGCCGCGCUGCUGCUGCUGCUUCUGCUGCGACGGCGGCGCCGAUGAUGCCGCCGCCGUAGCCGCAGCCGCCACCGGCCGCCUGUGGGACGACGACUGCUCGCCAGAGUCCUCGGCGUCCAGCACCACGCCCAGCUAGAAGCAAAGAAUUUUAAUCAGAACGCAGAGCCGGGCAACGAAAUCCAGCUCUGCUGCCUUUCCGCAGGUGCCAGGCCAUGCACGCAACUCGAUCCUUCUCUCAGUAGCAUAGGUAGCUAGCUCGAUCUUGCAUGUCUCUUGCCUAUAUUAUUAUUAUUAGUAUUGCCUCGCUCUUGCUUGCAAUAUUUGUAACGCACAACCAAUUCAUCACUCGCUGCCCGUGUCUGUAUGCCCCCUUCCUUUUUCUGCAUGAGAUUAUUGAGUUUGUAUGGUGUGGAUUUACGUGA